CGCAAGAAGAGUCAAUCGAAAGGAAGGCCAGCGACGAGCUCAGGAAUCACACUCCUGCUGCUCUGCUCUGCUCGUCGCCAGCUUCGGGAAGGUGACGAUCGUGCAGGGAAUGGCGUCCUUGAAGCGGCUGGAGACGGAAUUCCCGAUCCUGGACCCCGAUUUCCAGAGCUUCUGCGCUCUUCGCGGCAUCUUCACAGUACAAGAUUUUCUCAUUCGCGACCUCCAGUCUUUAGUGGCGGACGCGGAGCAACAACCCUCGUCGGAGAGAUUUAUGCAGGCGAUAAACCAGGUCCUCUAUGUCAUAGAUGGCCUGCACCAACCAUGGUUGAAUGGAGUGGACCUAAUGGAAGAUGCUCAAAAGAAUAAGCAUGUAUUGUCUACUGGAUGCGAAGGGAUGGACUUUCUACUUAGAGGUGGACUUCGCAGGGGGCAAGUGACUGAGCUAGCAGGGCCAUCUUCUUCUGGUAAAACACAAUUUUGUCUACUGACCGCAUCAACUGUUGCCUACAAGCAUAUGGGUGGCGUUAUAUACAUAGAUACAGGAAAUUCUUUCUCUGCAAAGCGCAUUGCACGCUUUCUGAACCAGAUUUCAUGUCCUGCUUCUGAGGAGAUGCAACCAAGAGUUCUUCAAGAAGUUAUGAACAGCAUAUUGUGCCACUCUGUAUAUGACAUCUUUUCUAUGUUUGAUGUGCUACACUGUUUGGAGUCCAAGUUGAAGUAUCAGGUUAUGUGCAGAGGAGACAAUGAUGAAAGAUUAAUAAUCAUUGAUUCGAUUUCAUCCCUGAUCACACCAAUUCUUGGCAGCAGUGGUUCACAGGGACGUGCUUUGAUGGUAUCUGCUAUGUCUCUUCUGAAGAAGUUGGCCCAUGAAUACAAUCUUGCAGUUCUGGUAACAAAUCACACUGUUGGAGGAGAUGGAGGUAUUCCUAAACCGGCUCUUGGGGAGAGCUGGAAAACCCUCCCCCAUGUGAGGCUUCUGCUCUCCCGUGAUUGUGGGAGCAAUACGUAUCAGGUGUCUCUACUUAAACAUCCAUCCAUCGCUUCUGGUAAGGCAGCAAAGUUUAUCAUCAACGACUAAACACACUUUCAAAUUUACGGACGAGCAACAAAGUGUGAGUUGUGGAGAUGCAUUUUGUGAAAUGUAUCUUCUCAGUUAGCGAUUUAUUGACCAUUCAGAAGAAUGUAUAAUGAUCAAGCCCCUUAAAAUAGACCAAUCUUGUAAAUUUUUUCAGUGACACCAAUGCAGUUUGUGUCGAAGCCACUCGUGUUUGUGUUCAUUGAGAGUGUAAUGCUGAUCGCCAAUUCGUAUUCAAGAUGUACUCGGCGCUUUUGUUGUUUGGCUAGAUCAAAUACACCAACUGGUUGUUCAA